CAAAAAUCCAUAAUCGACCAGAAGCACGUGUGCGUUGCUAUGUAUGGUGAUGUUUCCUCUUGACAGAUGGAGGCACCGACGGUGCGUAACACGGCAGAAGUGAUGCUGCAGGUGUGCGAAGCUCUCAUCUACAUUCAUGAGCAGCAGCUGGUGCACUGUGCAGUCAGCUCGAACAGCAUUCACCUCGUCACCCCUUACGCUGCAAAAUUGGCCAACUUUGAGUACAUGGUGCCGAGGGGAAACACGAGUGGUGCGCACACCAACAUGCACGAGUGUGCCGUCUACAACUGGUUGGCACCAGAGCUCAUGAAUGCUGAGCCAGCUACUGAGAUGGCUGAUGUAUACAGCUUCUGUAGUGUACUGUGGGAGAUGCUGAAUGGUAUGAUGCCAUGGCCAGAAAGGAGUGCAUCUGAGAUUAAACAAGUGAUCACCAAGCAGGGCAAAACUCUUCCUCUGUCAAAUAACAAGGUGCCACAGUUGUUACAUGAUGUACUGGAGCGCGGCCUACAACUGGCUUCCUACGACAGAAGUGUGUCCUUCGAUGACCUCAGAGAGCUGCUACUUGUCUCACUAAGGUCUUCUAACUCACGUAAGUCAUCAAAGUUCUCACUAAAGCCCCUCAAUGACACACUGGGUGGCAGCUAUGAGAGGAAAAUCAGUCGCAGCAAGCUGGUGUCUCCCUUGACGAACACAAGCUACAGUGGCAGGUUCCAGGAGAUGAACGAGAAUCAGUUGCAAGAGGCAUCGCUCCAGAAACCACCGUCUCCUGCCAGAAACAUGAGUACGAGGAGAAUUGCAAUCAGGAAGCUCAUGACCGGAAGGACGGGGUUGACAUCAGGUGAAGACUCUGAUGAUGACAAGUCUAUGGAUGAUGUCAAUACGCAAGGACCGACAUACAGUGGUGGGAAACAGUACGGGACACCAGCAACGCUAGAUAGCAGCAUGAAAUCUACACACGACAGUAGCUUCAGUGAGGAUGCACCUUCCGACACGGUAUACAACACGAAGUGGGGACCAAAAGCUGAAUAUAGGCAUGAAGAGAGUGGGGCGGCAUGCUAUCCAGCCGGCCAUAGCAGAGAGCGACCUCUUGUUGACCCUAAACUGAUCGGCAUCGUCAGUUCCCAUAGAGGCUACAAAUCCAUAUCUCCAGUUAAAUAUGGAACAGCCCCUCAGAAUGGUAGUGCACCUGGUGACGGCCCAAAGAGCAUGGGCAGCAACAGAGAGAGAUGGAAUAGGAGCAAUAGCCUCCAGGAUGACCCUGUAAUGCACCGGCCGCCCGCGGGUCACGCCAAACAGGGAAGCUAUGGGAGCAGACGUAGCAGUGCAGGAUAUGGACAGAACACCAGCUUUGCUAGCUACAGCAGCAGAGGCAGCGUGGGGAGCCUGGCGAUUCCCAACUAUUGCGUCGGGAUGAAGCCAGCAGGACAUGGAUGUGAAGUGAGCGUUGGCAGCAAGCAGAGUACACACCAUACAAGCUACUCGAGACUACCAGACGACAUUAGAGAUGCAGUGAUGUACAAAGCCCCCCACAUUGAUGCCAGCUAUAGUGAGCUGCCCGAAAACCCCACGAGGGAAGCAAUAAAAGAGAAAUGGUUUGGAGGCAAAGGAAGUGUGAGGAAUCUCAUCUCAGCUUAUCACGACAUAGAGAAAGAGGAGAUUGAAGCAAGUCAGAAGAGCUACACUUAUCUGAGGUCACACCUGUCACAGUCCAGCAUGAACUCACAGCGGCUCGACAGCGAUCUGCCAGACACUCAGCUAAAGACCCUCUAUAGUGCAGCAGGCGUUGACUCCAACAGACCAGCGUAUUUGGCACAGGCACCAGAGGUAUCCACGCAGCAGAUGGCGUCGCGAAGUGAUGGCAGUGGUAGUACUGACCUUGACUGCAGCGCUGUCAGUGUGGAAGCUCAUCAGGGAUCUCCUGCAAUACAGCAGCAACCCAGCGACACGUCAUCCAGUGGCACUGACAAUGCCAAGCCUAGUUCAGAGUCAGCCGAGGAUCCACAGUCAUUUCUAGACUACGCAAAGGCGAUGCGUGACCAGGUCACUGCUGAAAUCAGAGACAGCUUCAGCAACCUGAAGCUCAAGCCAGUCGGUGAGAGGACCAACGGCAGCCAGCCAACGUCGAGUUCUGACAGCAGCCGUGGUAAACAGCUGGAGGUGACCUUCUCCGAGUAUGUCAUGGAGAGAGAGCACUCAGACAACCUCCCCACCAGCGCGGAUUCCUCUGUGAACACUGAGGGCUUUCCCGCUUCCGUGGAAAGAGAGGACUAUGGUGAUGAAAUCAUGUCGAAUGGGAUGAGCGGUGCAGAAGCAAGGAUACGGCCUACGUGUCCAGAUGGUUACCCGGAGUUCCAGCAGCAGAAUGGGAUUGAUGCUGACCUCAAUAAUCUGAUAUCACCACGAAACUUGCCAACACAUGACAUUUACCUGGACGACGAGUACGGUGAAAAAACCUUGGAUCUUAGCAUGGAGCAACCUCCAGCAUACGAUGACAUGGACGAAAAUGACAUGGACGAAAAUGACUUGGAAGAUAUCAUCAACGCCGGCAGCUGCUUGGAGAAAGCAGACGAAGAACGAAUGGAAACAACCGCUAAUAAGGUGUUUGAGAUAGAGAGAGGCAACGAGUACACUGUGCGCAUCGAGGCAUCUGGCGACGAUGACAAACAGCAUGUGACACACACAAUGAAGAACCUGAAGACGGGAGAAAGCAAGACUGUGCUUGCACACACCGUCAAUGCUCCCGGCUCCUUCGAGCAGUGUGUCGUGAUCAACAGUGGCGCCAGCUAGAGGGCUCCUAGCAGGGUGACGCUCCUUAGGUCGUAGCGACUGCUGUGACGUCACCAGAAUAAAACCACGACGUUGAUUCAAGUCAAGUUAUACUUCGGAUGGAUGUGUUGACUGCAUGGUUAGUUUUGGUUCUGUUUUGUCAUGUUUACUUGUUAAUUACCACAUUAUAAAACGUCACAUUUUGGCUAUUAUGAAUAAAAAUGUCAUAUAUUUAGUUUGCAA